GAGUAUCCAAGAUGUGUGACCGCAAGGCAGUGAUCAAGAAUGCAGACAUGUCCGAAGAGAUGCAGCAGGAUGCGGUGGACACGGCCACGCAGGCGCUGGAAAAAUACAACAUCGAAAAAGACAUUGCUGCAUACAUCAAGAAGGAAUUUGACAAAAAGUACAACCCCACCUGGCACUGCAUAGUGGGGCGAAACUUCGGCAGCUAUGUCACUCACGAGACAAAACACUUCAUCUACUUCUACCUUGGCCAGGUUGCCAUCUUACUCUUCAAGUCCGGUUAACGAUGAUUUCUUCCGUAUUGUAAAAUAUUGUAGUUGCACAUAUGCCAUUUUACCAUUUAAGAGAAAAAAAUUUCAUAUUGAGAGCUACGUGUGCUUGCCGUUCUAGAACACGUAUCCUUUUUCCAUGCGUCUCCGCCGGGAAUUCGGACGGCGCGGUACGUCCUUUUUGUUUUUUCGUACACGUUCCUCCGUCACUGUGUUCAAUUAGCGGCAUAUGUAGAAGCAGCUAUAGUUAGUAAUUCUUUGAUACAAGUAUCUAUUAAAUUAACAUUAUCAAUUCAUGUUGACUUUGUUGGCUAAGUUAUUUUUUUCACAACUUGUUAAUAUCGCUGUGCAAUCUUGUUAUAGUUUUUUGUCAACGUUGUAUUCUGAAGAUAAUAAUAAAAAUUAAUUUAAACUCUUAA